CGAGGCCUCGCGGCCAUGAAGCUGCUGCGCCUGCUGUGCCGCCACAAGACGGCCCUGGGCCUAGGCGGCCUGUCGCUCUUCGCCGUGGUCCUGCUUUACCUGGCCAAGUGCACCUCCGAGGGCCUCCGGCCUCUGCCAGCCCCCCGCGGGCUCCCGCACAGCCAGCCUGCAGCCCUGCCGCCGCGGGGUGCCAGGGGGCCGCAUCCCCCUGCAGCCCCGCCACCCUCGCCUGAGGAGACCGCCUUCCUGGCCGUGCUCAUUACGAGCGGCCCCAAGUACAGCGAGCGUCGCAGCAUCAUCCGCAGCACGUGGCUCUCGGCCGCCGGCCGCCCCCCGCACGAUGACAUCUGGAGCCGCUUUGUGAUCGGCACGGGGGGGCUCGGGGCUGAGGAGCUUCGUAGCCUGGAGCUAGAGCAGAGCCAGCACAGAGACCUCCUCCUCCUGCCAGAGCUGCGGGAUUCCUACGAGAACCUGACUGCUAAAGUCCUGGCCACGUACGUCUGGCUGGAUCUGCACCUGGACUUCCAGUUUGCUCUGAAGGCCGACGACGACACCUUCGUACGCUUGGAUGUGCUUGUGGAGGAGCUGAGAGCCAAGGAGCCGCGUCGCCUCUACUGGGGCUUCUUUUCUGGCCGCGGUCGAGUCAAAUCUGGCGGCAAAUGGAAAGAGAGCGCCUGGGUGCUCUGUGACUACUAUCUACCAUAUGCUCUGGGGGGUGGUUAUGUGAUUUCUGCAGAUCUGGUGCGCUAUUUGCGUCUUAGCAGAGACUACCUGAACAUGUGGCAGAGUGAAGAUGUCUCCCUGGGAGUGUGGCUAGCUCCCAUCGAUGUGAAGAGAGUGCACGACCCUCGUUUUGACACUGAGUAUAAGUCACGGGGUUGCAACAAUAAGUACAUAGUAACUCAUAAGCAAAGCAUCGAGGACAUGCUGGAAAAGCACCAGACCCUGGCUAAAGAAGGAAAGCUCUGUAAGGAGGAGGUUAAGCUCAGGCUUUCCUACAUGUAUGAUUGGGGAGUGCCUCCUUCGCAGUGUUGCCAGAGGAAGGAUGGCAUCCCAUGAAAGUCUGAGGAAGGAGAAGGCAGAAUGUUAAUGGACUCUGAGCUUGGUUACUGUUACUUGGGGAGAAUCCCAGUAACUAGGGCUUAAAAAUUACUCAAAAGCUUUUGCACGAUUCAUUAUGUCACAAUCAAUGAAACCCUGAAACUCCUAAGAGCUACUGAUGUGGCAUGAUGUAGAGAUGUUUAAAGAAAAAAAAAAGAUGACAAAAAACAUGGAAAGGCUCAUAUGACAGGACUGAAGGCAAAUAAUAGGUUGCAAAAAAUGGAUAGUACAGAAAAUUUGGGGGAAGAUAACACAGAUGAAAAGUUGCUGGAAGAUGUUUAACAGACCCUAAGAUUUAUUUGCUAAAGAUCAUGACAGGCCUUUAUGCUAUCUAUAAGAUUGUGAAACUAGCAUCUGCUGUUUAUUUCUUGGCAAGGAACAAGUGUCAGUUUGACAAGGUUUGAAGAUUCUAAUGGGCCUGCAAAUCAGUUGCUAUUGCCAGUGGGAACGGGUGGCUGGUUAUUGACAGAAGCAGUCAAGUAAAGGGAACAAUUGUACCUAGGAUAUUCACGUUAGGGGAGGGAGAGAGAGUCUGUUCUUUGGCAAAUGCUCUGAUUUACAAGAACGGAACUAUUAGGCCUUCUGUGUAACUUGUCUCUAAGCUUUUUGUUGUUUUAAAGACAUGUACAUAAGUUAUCUGGCAGGUACGGAGUAAGUAUAUUUAGAAAGGUGGAUGAGCUAUGGUAUUUGGCAGAUAUAAAAUAUAUUAUCUUGUUCUGGGGGCAAGUAUGCUACAAAGCUAGCCUUCAGUUAGGCAUAGGUGUUGUUCUUAGUUUAUCCUCCAAACACACUGUGUAUGAAGAAACAUUUUCCCCUCCCAACAGUAAGUAAUCUCAUUGACUACUACAAGGUCAGAUGUUGUAGGCUUCAGAUUUGUCUUGUUCUGGAUUACUUCUGUAAAGUGUAAGUUUAACAGGAUUAGAUAAGUAGAAACUAUUUGGAGUUCAAAUAGGAUUGCCCUAACAUGGGUACCUCAGCUAAGAAAGUAAACUCUGUAUGUAGUCAAGAGAAAUGGGCUCCCCCACCCCCCAAACACCUAUCUGAGGAGAACCUUGUCUCUCUUUUCAGGAGCUACACUGCAAUCGAAGGAGACUAAUCGCCCAACAGUCACAUUUAGAUCCCCGAAGCUAGACUGUGUGGAUUCCCUCCUUCUCUCCAAUAGCACCUUUUAGUGGAACUAAACAUACUUUUACAGGAGGUCUAAGUUAAUUGCUCAAGUGAUGUGUCAGUAAAUGGGAUUACGUCCCUUAGUCCUGUCUACACUACAAAUAAUGCUAGUACUGACGCAGCUUGUCAGCACCAGAUGCAGUAUUGAACAGUAAACACAGACAGGACAUUCUUGGCUGUAGAACAGAUCACUUAGACAAUUUCACCAUGUUACUUAUCUUCAAACCUUUAGGUGAGCCUGUAAUUCAAACAUUUUUGAGUGGCAGGUGCUCUAAAACACACAAAUACUUUUUUUCCAGUACUAGCACACAGUUACUGACUUCUGUCAGCUACAGAUCUUUACGUAUAAGCAGAGUUUUUACUUUUAUGCCUGAAGGGCAUUCUUAACAGUUUUACUGUUUGUUGCACACUGCACUUUCAUACGAUUUCAUUUCUUCUUUUCCCCAGGUUAGUGUCUGUUCCCACCUGCAGGAAGAGAAAAAUUGCAAAGAUAAAAAAAGGCUGCCAAUAUCUCUGUAUUUUCACUUCUUAAAUUAACAAGUUAGCAAUUCAUACCAAAGGAAUCAAGUAUGGGGGGUUUUUGUUACUCUUGUUUUGCUUAAAUUAUUGAUGAUUAAGAAAAGUCUUCUGCAGAGGCUGAUAAUUCUCUAGUUUGAAAAUUUAAACAAAUCUUUUACUUCCUUCUAAAACAAAGUUAAAUUAAGAUACUGGGAAAAAAAGUUUUUAGCAUGUGUUCAUUCUAACGCAUGCUUAUGUGUUGACAGAUAGGCAGACGUGCUUUUUAACAAGGUAUGCUAUUCUAAAACAAGAAUUUCAUGAUUACAGGAAAUUUAAAUUUGGUUUAGUAUUUAAAAAAAACCUAUUUGCCAUUUGGGGUUCACUACUAUUGUGUGUAUAUAUGUGAUUAAAUGCUUGUAAUGUGAGUAUUUAUUUAUAAUUAUUGAAAAUGUAUUAUGUAUAGAAAAAAUAAGAUAGUCAAAUGUCAUUUUAAAUUUGUUUAAGGAGGUACUGUACUGUCCAUGAAAAUUACAUAUCAAGCAGUGCUUGAAUUUAUUGGUGUACAAGCCAUUAUUUAAAGUACUGGGAUCUGAACUGCAGAUCAAAACUCUGCUGCAUGUCUCUCAAGCUAGUAAGAAUGUACAGUUUAUCCAUUUCUACCAAUAACUGUGUUCAUGGAAGUUGUUUACAUUGCUGACUUUGACUCUCCCUGCCCACAACCCCCCAUUCCAACCCCGCAAAAAAAAAAAAAAAAUCUUUUUCAUUGCUGGCAAAAUUAAUGGCAGGAAAAUGCUGGAUCUCCAUCUGAUAUUUGACCCCAUGGAAGAUAUGAUGCAUACAAAUACUUAAUCGUUAAGAAAUUCUCUUGAAGAGUUUCUGACACAAGUGCGAAGAACACGGUGUGCACCCUGAAGGACCUGGCAGAGCAGAUCUCGACAGCAGCACAGCCUGUUGCCUGUCUCGGUGCACGAUGAAGCUCCGAAACAGUGGUGACCACUCUUACAUUCUUGAUGUCUGGAUCUCAGUCUGACACAGCAUCUUUGUACUCUUUUCUGUGUAAGGUUAGCUAUGUUUUGCUCUAGUUGCAAAACAAAUUAGCAUGGAAGGCUUGACAGAUUCUUGUCCUUUGGUAAGUGGCUUUGGUUUUCUUAGUAGACACCCCCUUACUGCAAAUAUAGCACUUAGCUUUAAAUCCCAGUUAACCAGGAAAUUCCACAAAAGUAAAAGAUGAAGUUUAGACUUUUUUCUUUUUUUAGUAUUUUAAAAGCAAAUUGAAUCAUUUGGGAGAGAGUGGACAUCCCACAUGUUGUAUGGAAAACCCCAGAAAAACAUUAGUACAAGGUUAUUUUUUUAUAUUUUACUAGAACAAGUUUGCAUGUGAAAGACCUAUUGAUGUUAUUUUGAAUAAUCAAGAAACAUCUGUGUAUUGCAUGAGUGAGUCACAGAAGUUUUAAAGCUUAAAGUUUCUGUCCAAAAUUCAUUUUUGCGCCCAUUUUUUUCUAAAGCAAAAUAUAAAGCUCAUUUUGAACAACAUACGAAUUGAAUAUUUUAAAAGUAGUAAUUAAAGGCUAUCUCUCAUACCUUCUCAGGACCAGGUUCCAUAUUCCUGAAAUCCUCUCAGAAGUUUUAUACUUGUUUUUAUACUUGAAAACCAUGAUGUAAUCUUUGUCUCUCUUGAAAGUCAGGGGGAGGAGUCUGACUUCAGUGGGUCCAGCAUUUGGGAGAAUGUUUAAAUCUGCUGAGAAAUAAGUGGGUUUUGGUCUUUAUAGGAGCUGUAUUAGACUGGAAAGUUUUGUUGUAGGCCUUAGUGAAAACAAAAUUAUCCAGGAACAGAUUUAUCUUCUUUUUUUUGUAGCCAUUCUUAGUGACAAUAGGUUAGUGAUAUCUUGGGCUUUUUAUAUUUUUUUUAAAUGGUGUUUCUGCUGGUUUCCAAGUUUUCUCUUCAUAAAUACUUUGCAUUUUUAAUAUUAUUGUUAGUGUGGGGAAAAAUUAUCACAUCAGCUUUUCUAGAUAUGUGUUACGCACUGCACGUUAAGCAACUGUGUCAAGUUUAUAAGCUUAUGUUGGUGUCCAUUCAGGACUACCAUUGAGCUGAUCUGUAACGCUACUGAGGUUUUUGUUAUUAUUUACAGAUUUUUUUAAAAAUAUUUUUUAAAUCAGGCAUUUAGCAUUCUACCAGAGCUAAUAGAGAAAUCAAUUGUUCAUGAUGUGUUCUCUCCGUGAUCAUAUCUAAGAAUUGAUACUGAAAUAUUUAAAGUUGACAAUGGCAUAAACUCCACUAGAAAAUUGAUUUUAUUUUGCAGUGAUUUUUUUAAGUUAUGUGCAACAUGACUUAAUUACUGCAUUGUGUAGAAAUAAGUAGCUAAAACAUUAAUUUCCACACUAAAUAAGCUAACCACUCCACUUAAAAACCCUCAAGCUUCCAAGAAUUUAUAUAGCCAGUUCAAGAUUUAAGAAAAAAAAAAAAACAACUUGGAAAUUACUAUUCCUAUAACUGAAUACUUUCUUUUCUGAAUGUCUAGCCUUGUUUAUGUGAAGCUUGCUCAGAUACAGCUUCUAUGUGUCAUACUUUUGACAAAUGUUACGUUUUCUGUAGUUGAAAUGCCUUUUUUUUUUUUUAGUGUUUAAAUUUGCAUUUCAUGUCUGUUAACGCUAGUGUUUUGGGGGCCAAGGUGUUAGCUUUGCAGGUUUGAUUCAAAGCUCAGCAGCAUGGGAAGGUGAUUAAACAUUGCAUUUCUAUUAGUUUCUGUUCAGCUCCAGCAUCAGAGCUGAAAUAUGGGUUUGGUACUGCUGUACGCUUAACAAACUGUCAACACCUACACUACUGUAUAUUUUAUUUAGAACACACUGCCUGCAAGACUCAAAUCUGUUGCUACAUGUACCUGUGUAAGAUAUGCUUUUACCUUGGAACUGGAACUACUUUAUGCCAACAUAAUAUGCCAGUUUUUACUUUCUAAUACAGACUAUUUAGGUAAUGUCUAGUAAAACUUGGAUCAGUCUGCUGCUUGCAGCCUGUCUGAAGCUGAAGGAUGCUACGUAAUAAGUGUGCCUUUAUGAAACAGAAUUAGCGUGGGGUACUGUGCUGAGUAUCUUUUAAACAAUUGACUGAAUUUGCACAUUUUUUUGCAGCCACAUAACUUUACCAUUUGGGGGUGGGGUGUGGCACAGUUUGUUUGCUCAGCAUCGAUAUAGGAAAUAAACUGCUCGAAAUCUGAAGCUAUCUGUGAUGAUGAAAACUCAUGGUAAUUGCCUAAGCGUAUUGUAUAUGUAUUUAUGUCCUUUCGUGUAUGCCUUUAAUGGCCAAAGGAUCUGUGUGCUGUGAUUUUUAAUAAAAGACUUUUGCUGUA